CUGAAAGAUAUGUUAAAGCUUGUACCUGGUUACCGCGGUUUUUUUCAACAUAAAAUACACUAAACCGAAAGUUGUUUAUUUCAUUCAUUUGAAUUAAUGCGGGAAAAGAAGCUGUUAUUUAGUUAAUCUUAUAUUAGAGGAUGUUAUAAAAGUACUAUUAAACUGACUUAUUUAGGUAUAUACCAGAACGGUUAAACAUGGAUUAAAUUUCGAAAUUUCUUUAUUACAGAAAAUUGGAAGUGAUGUCAGGCCGAUACAAAAGAGAACAGCACUGGAGCUCGGACUACAGCGAGGGAUAUAAGUCUUUGCCUGAUAUGACUUCUUCCAAAUCUAGAACCGAUAUUCGAAAAAACAAAGAAAUUCGCCUGAGAAAGCUGCUGGGACUACUUUCGACAGAUGUCCAGGAAUUAACAACUUCUUUAUGGAAGGAUUUGGAUAACGAAGAAAGCGAUUUUCAAACAAAAGAAAAUGAGAUCUCCUUAUUAAUGAACAGAAACAAAGCUCUUCAGGACGAAAAUGAAAGACUCAAAUUUGAAGCUUCCACAAAAUUGCAAAACGAAGCAGACGCAAAUAUAAAAACACUUCAAAGGAAGAUAAAUGAGUUUGAAAAGCAAGCUGAAGACGAGAAACGAGCUCGAGAGGAGGCCGAAAAGAAAUAUCAAGAAGAAAAGAAAACAAACGCUGAAUCUCUUAGAGCAUAUCAAAAGACCAUUGAUCAACAGAAAAAUGAAAUACAAACUCUAGAAAAAGAGGAAAGAAAAGCUAAAGCGGAACUCUUAAAACGUUACGAAGAACGUGCCAUUGCCAACACGUCGUCUGGGAAAUAUGAUAACCUAGAAAAACAGCUUAAGAAAACAAAAGAAGAGCUUAAGAACACCAAGGAUGAACUAGAACAUACCAAAACAAGGCUUAGCGAAUCAAUGGGAGCAAAACUAACUGACAAUAAUCCUAACAUUGCUGAUCUGAGUGAUAAAAACCGUCCAACAAAGCUUGCGGAACGUUUUCAAGAAAUCUACGAUAACGAAUGGACAGAUGCGUUUGAAGUUAUUGCCGAGGACAAAUAUGACGAAGAAAAAACAGUAUCUGUGUUAUUCAGUAUUCUGAUGGAAACGAAAAGAUUCUGUGACCGAGAGGCAGAAAAGCAGAUGAAGCACAUUCAAAACGCUCUGCUUCAUGAAUCGAAUUCGGAGCGCAAUAUCAGCAGUGCAAUACCAGCACAUGUAAACAAGCAAUUGAAAGACAGCAGGAAAUCCUUAGCAGAAUUCUCAGGGAAACAACUUUACAAGAAGUAUCGAGAGGAAUUAAGAGGCUCCUUUACAUCAACAGCUACACAGGCGAAAUUGGUUCCAGAAUAUCUUGAAGCAUGCUUUAAUGUAUGCUGGAUGAUGGCCAUUCAGGACCCACCUGUUGUAUUUGGACCAGAUGUCUAUAGAGGAGAUACAUUUGAUACUGAUGUAUAUAAAGCAUACACGAAAAAUGGAAAUACGGUUGCAUACGUUGUAUGGCCUGCUCUUUUGCUUCAUGCAAAUGGUCCAGUGCUAUGCAAAGGUGUAGCUCAAGGCCUUCAAGACUCAAUUCGUCGGUCAAAAUCUGCUCCGCCUUCUGGUAGAAAAACAGAACUUCGUGAUGAUGGAAGAGACCUAAAACAAUAUGAUGAAUACUUACCGAAUGAUCAAGAAUACAAAGAAGACUGGAAAUAUGAAACAGGUGUCAGAGGUUAUGGUAAUUACGGGACAAAGACAAGUUACACUUUCGAGUCUAAGCCAAGUUACGGAGGUACAGAAUCGGACAUUCAAGGAUACGAUACAGUUAAACUGCAGAACGACUUACGAAACCAGAUUUACGACCAAUCUACCCGAGAUAACAGAUCGAAACAUUUCGGUUACGAAUUAGACACUAGAACCUAUCAUUCAGAUACGCGUAACUACCAACCGGUUAUUCAAGACUACGACUCUAGUACUCCAGACUACACACAUGAAUCAACAAAAUACAGAUCUAAAUCUGUCCAUCAUAGACCAGAAAGUACAAGAUUUGGAUCUAAUUAUCACGUAUAUAAUAAGCAUUAUACUCCCUCUUAUCAAACGACCUCCUCUGCAAAGUCACGUCCCGUACAAAAACAUACAGACCAGCAUCGUUGUGAUAAUAGGCCUGCUUGGAGGCACUAACUUAAAGUAGAAUGACGUUGUCUGUAUAGUUACAUUUCUCUUGUACAUUUGACUAACAAUGAAUAUAAACAUGAACUUUUGUUAUUCCUGCCAAAGACAAAUCAUUUAAUUAAAUGGUAUUUUGUUUUCCUACUUUACACGUUAUACGGAUCUGAAAUUGAAACUUCAAUGAAAACUGUAUUUACAUUUGUAAAGGUUAGUAAGCAAACAGGUUUAUUUCGCUUUAAACUGCAUUUUAUCGCUUCUUUUCGAAGAGCAAAGUGUAAUUAUGGCCCGCAUAUAAGUCGAUUCUACGCUUUAUUAUUUUACUACGGUUUUGAGCUGGAAUAAUUCGUAUCCUUAUAAUGGAAUACAUAGAGGAUAUUACAUGAGUGUCUUUCCAUAUUGAAUUUAUUAAACUCGUUGAAUAAAAUAAUAAAAUGCGAGGCUCUGCCGAUCAUUUUAUCAAUUUUAUUCAACGAGUUUAAUAAGAUCAAUGUGCAAAGUCACAAAUGUAAUAUUCUUUUUAUCACAUGUUAGCCUUUCCUGUCGAAAUAUCAGAACUUCUACUUUCUUUUUCCAUAUAAACAAAUCAAUUUGACCAACGUCUCCUAUACUAUAAAUGACGCCGACGUCAAAGCUUUAUUACACUAGUGUAUUAUCAUUUUUAUUUAAUGGCUUUAUUACACUCCCGCGACGUCAAACAUGUGAUAAAUGUUGUUUCUCUUAUUUUACAAUCGUAAGAGGUAAAAUUUAAUUUUAAACAUCAUAUAUUUUUUUUUGCUAUAUGGUCAUGUAGUAGUUGCUAGUUGUGUUAGAACUGUUAUUAACAAAUAUUUCUCGAUGAUUACAAGAAAGUAUACCUCUAUCAUAAUUUCGUUACUACAUUUAUUAAUAAUCUAUAUAGUAUCACUGACUCUCUGAUGAUAGGGAUUAGAUAGUAAUUAAAGAGACAUUUGUUUCAGCAUUCUAUAAUUUUGUCGACCAGUAUUUCAUAUACAUGUGUAAAUUACAUUUGUGAAUUAUCGAUUGAUUUAAACGCAUACGGUUUAGAUUGAUUACUGUAUACAUGUAUUUGCAAUUUGUAUUUCUUUGGUGUAUUUAUCUGAAUGAACCAGUAUUAGUUGGCUAUUUAACUCAAACAUUAAAACAGAAAUAUAUGUUAGUCAUUUCC